AUGAUCAGCGGUGCGGCCCAGCAGCACAAAAAACGGCUUGUUUCAUACCGCAAGACCGAUGCGGAAGCAUAUACGGAAAGAAACAAUGCUACCCGUCUUGAUGAAAUUUGGGGAAGCGGAACGGACUGUUUUCAGGCAGUACCAGCAGAUGGACGUAGUGAUAAUGGCGAACCAAUGUUUCUCAGGCUUAAUAUUGGUGGUACCUCAUAUUUAUUAUUGAUAGAAGCAAUUCUACGGACAGAAACAACUAGUUUUCUUUCUAAAUUUAUUCAACUAAAUCAUAAAUCAAGAUUAAAGGUGGCGGAUGCAUAUAUAGCACGUGAAGAUGCGUAUUAUUUUCAACGAUCACCGUAUGCAUUUGAUGCGGUAUUUCAAUAUUAUGCAACCGGUGUUGUGCAUAGGCCACCGGAAAUUUGUCCUGCUGCCUUCUUAGCGGAAUUAGAGUUUUGGGGAAUUUCCUAUCGAUCUAUUGGCUCAUGUUGUGCCGAUAUUGUAGCUCGGGAUCGAUUCGAGGAAAAGGAGGAAGAAAAAGUUGAUAAUAAAACUUUUGAUAAUUUAAUGUUCGGAAGAGUAAGAAGGAAAAUGUGGACCUUUCUUGAAAGACCUGGUUCAUCAAUUCAAGCUAAAGCAUUUGAACUAUCCUCAACUUUAUUUGUUGCUAUAUCUGUUAUGGGUCUAAGUUUUGGAACUAUUCCAGAUUUUCAGGUGACCCAAUAUUUGCCUGCUCAUAAUGAAACAAUUCUGCUUCCAAAUGGUACUAUAACUGUAAUCGAAAAAAUUGAAGAAAUGCGGGUUGAGCAUCAAAUUUUUGUGCUAACGGAACGUAUUUGCAUAGCAUUUUUCACUGUCGAAUAUUGUCUACGACUAUUUGCUGCACCAAGAAAAUUUCGUUUUACAUUAAAACCAUUAAAUUUGGUAGAUUUAAUGGCAAUUGUUCCAUUCUAUCUCGAACUAUUAUUAACACUCUGUGGUGUAGACGAUAAAAAAUUGCGUGAUUUACGUUGGGCUUUCUUAGUGGUUCGUAUAUUACGGGUUCUACGAGUGAUACGUAUUAUUAAACUUGGCAGAUUUAGUUCCGGUUUACAAACUUUUGGGAUGACAUUACAAAGGAGUCAAAAACAAUUACAAAUGAUGACAAUCGUAUUGCUCACUGGUGUCGUUUUCUUUUCCACGAUGAUCUAUUUUUUAGAAAAAGAUGAAGAUGGAACACCAUUUACUAGUAUACCUGCUGCUUAUUGGUGGUGUAUAGUAACGAUGACAACAGUUGGCUAUGGAGAUGCUGUCCCUGCAACAACAAUGGGUAAAAUUAUCGCAUCAGCAGCAAUAAUGUGUGGUGUAUUAGUGCUAGCCUUACCAAUUACAAUUAUCGUGGAUAAUUUCAUUAAAGUGGCGCAAGAUGAGCAACAAGCGGAGCAACAAAGAAUGGAUCAUUUACGACAAGAGCGCCGAAUACAAUCAAUAUUAAACAAAGAAACGAGUAAUGAAGAUUCAUAA